AUGUUAAAAUAUAUUUUGGUUUUCGUAGGGACAAUUUGUUUGUCCCAAGCUAAACAUGAAGAAUACAUUGGACAUUCUUUGUACGGAGUACAAGUAUAUACUAGAGAACAGGCUAACCUGUUGAUGGAGUUGGUCGAACGUUUGUACUUAGACGUAUGGACUUAUCCAAACCCUGAGACUGAGGGUCUCAUCCUAGUGGCUCCCGACAAGAAGCCGGAGUUUGAAGAUAACCUCACAGUUAUUAAUUCUACCUACAGAAUCGACACGGAAAAUAUUAAAGAAAAAUUGGACUUGGAAGACAAAUUGAUGGCCGAGGCUCAUAUUAAAAGCAAUGCCAGUAGAUCUGACAGAUUCGGUUUAUCGUUUGACGUCAUUCACCGUUGGGCAGUGGUAGACCGAUACCUCGUGGACGUAGCCAACAGGUUCCCAAGAGUAGCUCGCGUCGUCUCAGCUGGAAGAAGUGUUGAGGGUCGUGACAUUAAAUACUUGAGAUUAUCCACGGACAACUUCGCGAACAGGAAUAAACCAGUAAUCUUCAUCCAGUCUCUACUGCACGCCCGUGAAUGGGUCACCCUUCCUGUAACACUGUGGGCCAUUCAGGAAUUGGUGAUAAAUGUCACUGAACAGGAUCUCAUAAGAAACAUUGACUGGAUCAUUCUUCCAAUUGCCAAUCCUGAUGGAUAUGAGUUCUCUCACACGAGAACUCGUAUGUGGCGGAAAAACCGUCGUACAGGACACCACGCGUCUUGCGUCGGCGUGGAUCCAAACAGAAACUACGACUACUUCUGGGGAACAGCCUCCAGCAGGGAUCCAUGCAGUGAGACCUUCCACGGCCCCAGAGCCUUCUCGGAACCCGAGACCUUGGUCACCAGGAACAUCAUGAACUCAUUCAGGACCAGAAUUAGUUUGUACCUUGAUAUUCACAGUUUCGGAAGUAUGAUCCUCUUCGGUUUUGCUGCUCCUAGUCCCGGAAGGCUACCUCCAAAUCAUGCAACUUUGACUUCGGUAGGAAAUCAGAUGGCGCGGGCGAUUGAUCGCGUGAAAUGGGCCAGACAUCCGAAUUAUAGAGUUGGCAACAUUGCACAAUUACUCUUCGUCGCCUCCGGUGGAGGCACUGAUUGGGCUCAGGCGCUUCUUCCGAACAGGUUGUCAUUUGCUUAUGAACUACCAGCGCACAGAGGUCAGAGCAAUAUAAAUGGAUUCCUGGUUGAACCCGCUUUCAUAAGGCAAGCGGGUUUCGAAACAUGGCAGGGUAUUAAGGUUGCGGCGCGUUUCGUUGUUCGUAAUAGAGAACUAUUGCAGUAA